AUGGGAGUUCAGCAAAAGCUCAUUUCUUUCUUCUUUCAUGCUUCUCUUGUAUUCAUCAUGUUUCCCCUUGUUGGUUCAUCCCAAGAGCACCAGAAAAUUACAAGCAGCCCUUCAAGAACCAAAGAUAAUAACCACAUUCAGAUGAGUCCAAGACUUCAGUUUGAGAUUACACUACAUGGCUUUCUCCUGUGGGCUUCAAUGGGGUUCUUGAUGCCUGUAGGUAUACUUGCAAUUAGAUUAUCAAACAAAGAGGAGAAUUCAAGAAGGCAUAGAAUUGUGUUCUAUGUUCAUUCAAUUUUACAGCAGAUGAUUGCGGUGCUGCUUGCCACAGUUGGAGCAAUCAUGUCCAUAAAAAAUUUCAACAACCACUUCAACAAUAGUCAUCAAAGAUUAGGAGUUGCACUAUAUGGCAUUAUCUGGCUCCAAGUUUUACUUGGUCUUUUUCGACCACAAAGAGGAUCCAAAAGAAGUGUUUGGUUCUUUGCACACUGGAUACUUGGAACUGCAGUCACAUUCCUGGGUGUCCUGAAUGUAUAUCUUGGAUUAGAAGCCUACCACCAAAAAACAUCAAAAGGCAUAAAAAUUUGGAAAAUACUUUUCACUGUUGAGAUAACUUUGGUUGUGUUUUUCUACCUUUUUCAAGAAAAAUGGGUCUAUAUACAAAAUCAAGGAGUGGUUUUGGGCAAUGAAAUGAUGACUUCUAUUUGUCAAGAAAUUGGACCUAAUGAAAAGGAUGAGAAGGUAUUGAACACCUGAUGAGGAAGAAGAAUCAAUGCAUCACCAUAAUUGACCCUGACUUCUACGUAGAAUACAAGUGUUUAAAGCAUAUAGAGUACUGGUGAAUUUGAAUUCAAAGAUUGUAAAUUACUUGGCUUAUAUGAUUUCUAUGUCUGGCUAAGAUGCAAUUUCAAGAACACAGAAUAUCAUUUCAUGGAGAACAAAUAUAUUCAUAAUUGAUUUUUAC